AUCAGUUGCUCAACAGGAGUCAGCCGCAAAAACAACCCAUCCAACAUGAAAGUGGUACUAGUCGCCCUCGCCCUUGUGGCUCUCACCGUCGCUGCCCCUCAGGGCUCCGUGGAGCGCGUUCCUCAGAUCGUGCGCAGCCAGUUCGAGGCCCAACCCGAAGGCAACUACGUCUUCAACUUCGAGACCGACAACGGCAUCCAGCGCCAAGAGACCGGUGAGCUGAAGCAGGUGGCUGAUGAGGACAACAAGCCCCAGAACGUGGUGGUGGUCCGCGGCUCCUACACCUACACCGACACCGAGGGCAAGCCCCAGACCGUCAACUACGUCGCCGACGAGACCGGCUACCACGCUGAGGGAGACAUCAUCCCCAAGGCCCAGGCCAGGCGAUAAGCUCUGACGACCACAUAUGACCACACGACCACCAAAAGACCUACGGUCUACGGCGAUGAACGCUAACUACUAUGUUUCACACGCUACAAUUCAGUUUAAUAGGUUUUUAUUUUAGUUCGAUUGUUUUGUUUGUUUUUACAGGAUUUUUGUAAAUAAAUGUCACUGUAAAUAAUUAA